UUUUUUCUUUUCUUUUUUUUUGGUUUCUUCUGUUCUGUUCUGUGUGUGUCUCUGACUCACUCCACGCCUCACAUUUCCUACGCAAAUGGCUGCCACUCUCUCCGUCCGCCCCGACCGUCUCUCCGCCGGUUCAUCCUUCCCUAGACCACCGCCUCGGCUCCUCGACGCCGCACGCCGCGGAAAACCAGCCGUCAUCGAACCCUGGCGUGGCGCGCCGCUACAAACUCACUGCAGGCGCGCGUUCACGAGGAUAGUGCCGCCGGUUCAGGCCGCGUCCCGCGCCGAUGACUCUGCACCGUUUGAGAUGUCAGUGGAAAACGCUCUCAAGCUGUUGGGUGUCUCCGAGGGCGCUUCCUUCGACGAUAUACUUCGCGCCAAAAACGCUAUCCUCGCUAAUUGCAAAGAUGACCAGCAAGCGAUUGCGCAGGCUGAGGCUGCGUAUGACAUGUUGCUUAUGCAGAGCCUAACUCAGCGGCGAGCAGGAAAAGUAGUAAACAGCAGUGUUCGUUAUGCUGAUGUCAAACGUGUGAAGCCAGCGGCUACGGGGUCAAUGCCUCCAUGGUUAAAGUCGACUAUGAAGAAAUCGCCUGUUUCAGUUGAGUCACCUUCGAGCGGUGAUUUGGGUUUACAAGCUGGAGUGUAUGGUGCAUUGAUGGGUUUAACUUAUUUUAGUGGGGUUUCUCCACCCUCUUCAGCUUAUGGCGGGGCUGAUGUUCCUGGACUCAUCCUGGCUGGUAGCUUUGGAGCUUCCCUGUACUUCAUGACAAAAAAGAAUGUUAAGUUAGGGAAGGCUGUUGGUAUAACCAUAGGAGGGCUCAUAGUUGGUGCCGUUGUAGGGUCAGCUGUAGAGAACUGGUUGCAAGUGGAUAUUGUCCCAUUUCUGGGCAUUCACUCCCCUGCAGCUGUUGUUGGUGAAAUCAUAAUUAUUUCUCAAUUCUUGGUUUCUCUGUACCUAAGGUAGACUGAAAAACUUGGUGAUCUCCCACGAAAAUGUGAAACCUGUAAUUAUUCAUCUGCAUGCAGCAUGAUCAUGCCUUGGGUAGACAGGGAAGGGAACCCGUUAUAACCACAUAGGAGGACUCAUAGCUGACUCUGUGAUUAGUCAGCUGUAGAGAACUCGUUGCGGGUUGCUAUUGUCUCAUAUCUGGACAUACACUACCCUGCUUCUGUUCUUAGUGAAAUCAUAGUUGUCUCUCAAUUGUUGGUUUCUCUGUACCUAAGGUGGAGGGAUGGCAAACUUACAUUAAAAUGUGAAAUUUGUAAUUAUUCAUUUGCAUGCAACAUGCUUAGGUUGUGAAAUCAUUUCAUAUUGUACAAAACCAUGAAUAGAAUGUAGUUCUUAUCUGGCAAA